AGGACAUUUUAGAUGAGGCAACAAGAAAAGACCUUUUCACUGACACUUUCUGUAAGGUUUGUGGGGCAGUGCUGCAGUUUGAGUCUCAAAGGACAUCACACUAUAAGGGCAAAAAACAUGCUCAGAAAGUUCGUGUUUACAUCCAAACGCAUGGUGAGAAAGAUGAGAGACAGGAGCAUGGCAAACAGAAGAAAACUAACUGUAUCAGUUUUCAGAUGGAUGGGAGUGGAGUAGUGGACAAAAACAAAUAUUGCAAUCUCUGCAACAUGUUUUUUACUUCCCCAGUUGUUGCUUUGUCUCACUACUUGGGAAAGAUCCAUGCUAAAAAGCUGAAGCAAUUAUCAGGAGACCAAACCCACAUGCCAGCACGGAGCAUGCAGCCUGUUUCUGUUUUACAGAAGCCAUCAGCUGAAAAGCCCUUGCUGCCUUCAAAAGCUGAAGAGGCCUCAUCAUCCUCCAGCACAAGACUGAAGUUAAAUGAUCCAGACAAGUACUGUAAGCUCUGCUGUGCUCCCUUCAAUAAUCCACUCGUGGCCCAGCAGCAUUAUGUUGGUAAGAAACACAGAAGAAAUGAAGCACGGAAAAAGAUAAUGGAGGAACUAGGAGACAAAGCUGUCCCUGAAGAAUCUGGCACAAAUGGUAAGAAAAACAUGAGCGAUUCCUUCUUUUCAGCUGUUGGGGUUGGUUAUUACAUGUGCCACGUAUGUAAUGUCACACUUACAUCUAUAGAAACGUACCAGUCCCAUAUGCAGGGAAAUAAGCACCGGAUUAAAGAAACAGCGCUUGUCGAUCUCAUGAAGAAAUCAAAGAAAACAUAUGACUCCUUUCAAGAUGAAUUAACGGAUUACAUGAAAGUUCAGAAAGCUAGAGGUCUAGAGCCAGGAAGGUAUUUAGGAAAAGCAGAAGAGGAAGGGUUUCAAGAUAAAAACAUUGAAGGAGGAAGUGACCUUGGUGAGGUUAUAUCUUCAAACUUUAAGUGUGAACAAACCCAGCAUUCCAGUGUUUUCUCAGAAACCCAGUCACCUACAAAUACUGGGGAAAACAAAUGGCCAAGCUGGCCAUCAGCUUGUGAGCAUGCACUAGAAAAGACACCUAAUUGUUGCUAUAACAAGGGAUACUGUAAAGAAGAGCAAGAGCUGCAAGCAUCUGAGGUGGCCACCAUAGGAGAUAAGAGCUUCAGCCUGUUGGUUGCAGAAUCUAAAGACUACUGUAAACCUAUGCUUGCUGAAACUUCUACCAGCUCCUACAGAAAAGAACAGAAAUUUCAGAUAAAACAUUCUGAGGUGGAAAAAUACAUCAGUGAAGAGCUGAAGUAUAAGAAAGAAGCCACAAAGCAGAAAAGAAAGAAAAAUAGUGAAGGUGCAGAUUUCAGAAAAGAAAAUGAGAAGCAAAAGAGAAUGAAAUUUGAGAUAGACUUGGUAAAUGAGAAGAAGUCAAGACCUUGUAAAGACAAAAGACUUAAAGAAAACCCCACUGAGAGAGAGAACAAAAAGAACAAAAAGGAUAAAAAGAAGCCACAGACAGAUAGCAAAAGAGAAGAGGAGCUACUUUGGGAUGAAUCUGUCUUGGGAUAUUGA